UUUAUUUAUUAAUUUUCUAUUUAUUUAUUUAUCUACCAUUUGUUUGCUGGUUUUAUCCCUUGGAUCAGAACCAAAUAUGAAAUUGUUGCUCGACUCCUCCUCGUCGCUCCUCUUCUCGCUGCUAUUGGCUCAUCUGCCCGUGUUCACGACUGCCUCUCCGUUACCACCGCGGCGGCCCACUGACAUGGACAAACUGUCCAAUCAGACCAAAAAUCUAAUGAAGCUCACCCAAGAACUGCUGAGGGAGCAUGCAUUCGACUCAGAUGUGGAGCCUCACAGGUUCAGGUCUCUGCCAGAAAUGAGCAACAGAUCAGCCAAUGACCUCAACAAUCUUGAGCUGAAGCCCACACUCUCACAGCUGCAUGCUGACCUGAAGCUGUACGAGCACCACUUUGAGUGGCUGAACAAGGUUUCAAAGAAGCACCACCACCCUGCACUGCCCAAGCUAGUGGAGAUGAUCAGAGAAAUGAAAUCUCUCAUCAAUCUGCUGCACCGUCAGAUGCUGAGAGUUGAAGCACCAAGGCUGACUCAGGUGACCCCCUCCCUCCCCCCUCACCUCCCAUAUCAGUUUGAUGUCCUGCAGUCCAGCCAUGAGCUCCUUCAACACUUCAAGCUCUUCUGUGACUGGGCUUACCGAGCAUUCAUCAGCCUCAAGCCGAAGGUCUCUGCAGUACAAUGACGAUCCAAGCUCAUUCGUUUUCCUCCUCUUCACUACACGGCGACAUAGCCAGUGAGGAUACUUGGAGCCCCGCCUCAUCCAAACGGGAAUUAGGACCCUGUCACUGUGCACUGUAGUCAACAGCAUCUCUUCAAGGGCCAAAUGUCAAACAAUGACACUUGUGUUGAAGAACGUGUUUCCAUCACAGCCAAUACGAAUGUGCUAUACUGCAGCCAGUGCAACCAUCAAACUGCCAGUUUAACUAUAUGAUAAUCAUGUCACAAUUCCCCAAACCGUCUCCUAAAGGCCUUGUUCAUGACCAUGUUAUUUAUAUAUUUAUUUAUUUAUUGACUGUUGGUAAUUUAUUUAAUUGUAUUUAUUUGAAGUCGUAAUGUGUCACUCUCAUCUUUGUUUCUGUAUUAACGUGAAUUGAUUUGCCCACAUCUCUGUAAUUUUUCUUUUUGUAUUGUGUCUCACUGAUCCUCAUGAAAAACACGGUAGCACUUCCUUACUUUUGUUUAAAUUAACUUAAUCUACUUUGCAUUCGUGUUUUUCUUUAGACUAUACUUCUUCCUGUAGAUGUAGCAGAAAUACGGGACAUCCAACGUUUUCACUCUCUCUCACUUACAGUGCCUUUAAAUUAAACAUUUUAGAAGACGUUAAUGUCAGCAACCAUGUUAAACGUGCCAUGUCUUAAAAUAUCCAUUUCAAUUAAUUGUAUUUAUGUGAUCAUGUCAAAUGGUAGCCGAAGAGAAUCGAAAACUUUCUUUGCUACCUUUUGUUAAAAUCUCUAUUGUUGUUGCCUCUUUCUCGUGUUCUGCAUGAGGAGGCAUAUUUACCGUUGUGGUAAAGUUGUAUGAAUAUGCCCUGUUGCUGAGCACUGAUGGACCUGAUUAGAUUCUUUGCACAAACUUGUUAGGAUUAGCCGCUUGGAUGAGUGAGAUGGCUGAUUUUGAACCUGGGCUUUAGGGUAGAAAAGAGUGUUUUUGUUAGUUUAACACCCAAAGCCUUAAGAUACUAUGUAUUGUGACACUGUGUUCUUAGUGUGUACAUAAGUGUAAUGUAAACUGUUGUAUACAGUGCUUUUGUGGAUUAUGUUGUAUUUUUACAAUAUAAUGUAGAUUACUUUACCAACUUUAUCACUAUAUUUUUUUCAUUCCUAUUCUAGUAUUUUUUACAUUCUUGACUAUUUAUUUUAGUAACUUGGUGGAACUAUUUAUUUUGUGCUGCAGUGGAGCAAGUCUCCUAUCUUUUUGUACUUUUAUACAGUUUCUAUUCUUAUUUACUAAUAUUAUACCAUCAUGUUUAAAUUAUUGUUGUCACAUUAGGAUGCCUCUUCCACACACUGAUUGGCCUCAAUGUGAAAUAUGUGCCUUGGUGAA